AUGGCUGGAGGAGAUAAACAAGAUUUAAUUCUGCUCCUGCUGAUAGCGGGCCUGUUGCUUCCCGGUGCCUGUGAGUACGUUGAUUCAUCUGUGGCAGAGGCCGUCGGGGGUUUGCUUACCCUCAUCGGAACACCGCUGAAGGUGACGGCUUUUGUUGGCUGUUGGAAUGAGGGCCAAAAGAUUGUGUUUGCAAGAAUGGGCCUUUGCAGCGGUCGUCAUUUUUUGCGGUACGUUCAGCCGAAAGGUGAAUCACCAGACGUGCAGGCUAUGGACAAUCGCCGGAUCGCCGUGCUUGAUGACGACGUUGAUAAUCACCAGACGAUGGUAGUGGUAGACUUACGCUGCAAUGGAUCGGACCGGCUGCUGGCCAACGCUGGGCAGCGUUUGUACCUCAACUACCGCUGGCUACUGAUGGAUUCUACUCUCAAUACUGUUCCAGUUGCGAUCGACCACUAUCUUGCAGCUUUGAAAGAAUUACCAGUCCUGGUCAGCAGUGAGCUGUUUGUGAUGCUUAAGGAGCACGACAAUUCCAUCCGGUUUGUGCAGGUUUAUAGGAUAAGUCGUCAUGCGGAGUUACUCACAGAAAACUACGCCUUGUGGAACCGAUCAGCAACGGGUGCGGACGGUGGACAGAUGAUUGAUUUACGCACUCAAAAGGUUACCUCGGUAAGACGGAAACAUCUCGACGGUCACUCUCUUCGUGCCUCGAUGGUGAUUACCAACCCGGACACGAUGAACCAUCUGACGGACUAUAAGGAUAAACACAUCGACACCAUCACGAAGGUAAACUACAUCCUGACGAACUAUCUGGCGUCGUACCUUGGUGCUGGGGUUAACUACACGCGGGUAGCAACCUGGGGCUACUACAAUACCACCACCGGCAUGUGGGACGGGAUGAUCGGUGAGCUGGUGCACGAUGUGGCUGAUCUUGGGGCAUCACCACUGUUUUUCACCACCGAUCGCAUUGCGGUGAUCGAGUACCUUGCGAUGACGUCCGAAACACGUUCGAAGUUUAUCUUCCGUUCACCGAAACUGUCCUACACGGAGAAUGUGUUUGUGUUGCCGUUUGAUAAUGUGCGAUCGGUCUGUUUUGAUCCCCUGAUCCGCGGAUUGAUGUUGUGUUUUCGUUUGCAGAAUGUGUGGAUGUGUGUGAUCGCUGUCAUCGUGAUCUCCUCGGUGCUGCUGCUCGUCACGCUUUGGGUGGAAUGGCGCAUUGCAAACGACGAACCAGAGGCACAGUCGGCUAACGACGCCGCCACGAUGGACGCUAAUUUGCGUGAUACACUUCUGAUGAUGUACGGCGCUUCCUGUCAGCAGGGAUCUGCCGUGCUACCACGCAGCUGCUCAGCACGCACGAUCACGAUGCUCACGUUCACGGUGCUGAUGUUUCUGUACGCAAGCUACUCGGCAAACAUCGUCGCCCUGCUGCAGAGUCCCUCGACCAAGAUCCAAACGUUGGAGGAUUUGUUGGCCUCGCGACUGAAGUUCGGUGUGCACGAUACCGUCUUUAAUCGGCAUUACUUUACGCACGCAACCGAACCCACCCGGAAGGCGCUGUACGAGCAGAAGAUUAGGCGACCGUACGGACCGGAUGCGUUCAUCGCGCUGGAACAGGGCGUCGAUCGGAUACGGCACGGACUGUACGCGUUCCAUGUGGAGCAGGGCGUGGGCUAUAAGGUGAUCAGCGAAACGUACCAAGAGGAUGAAAAGUGUGGGCUGCAGGAGAUACAGUAUCUGCAGGUGAUCGAUCCGUACUAUGCGAUCCAGAAGAACUCCUCCUACAAGGAGAUGGUUAAGAUUGGAUUGUUUCGCCUGAACGAGCACGGUAUACAGUACCGGGAGAAUGCUAAACUGUACACGAAGAAGCCCACCUGCUCCGGCGGUGGAGGUAAAUUCGUACCGGUCAGUCUGGUUGACGUGGAACCCGCCGUGUGGAUCAUACUAUGGGGUAGUGGAUUAGCGACGGGAUUUUUCCUUACGGAAUGCUUUUACUGCAGAUGUGUUCGAGGCAAGAUCCGCCAAAUGGUACGCGCCAGACUCCAGAAACAGUGA